AUGUCUUCAAAUGAAUUAUUUUGUAAAAUUUGCAGAGAAGAGGACACUGUUUUCAAUYUAAUAAAUGUAUGUUUUUGUAGGGGAACGGCAGCUAAUGUCCACUUUAAAUGUCUUAAACAGUGGAUUUUAUCGAGCGGUCGCAUCCAUUGUCUCGUUUGUAAGAGUCGUUACACUGGUAUUCAUCUAAUAGCACGUCCUAAAGGACUGUUGUCGUACAUCAAUCAAAAUAAGAUGACAAUAGUUUCGCAUUGUUUUUAUUUGGGAAUUCAAUACUAUAUGUCUUAUAUAUGUUUGGAGCAAUCACUUGUCAGAACUGAUGAAAUAGGAUAUAAUGUGGGAUCAGAUUUGUUAAGACUAAUGGGUCUAUUCUUUGGUAUCGAUUCAUCCAUUUAUAGCUAUUUAAUCAUUACUCGUGGUAUCAAAGAUUACUUGCAGUGGAAAAACACUAAUUUCAAUAUCGAUGUCAUUAAGAGAUAA